AUGGCUGAUCCACUCUCCGUCGCCGCAGGGGUUGCGGGGUUGCUCUCACUUGGCAUCCAAGUCACCACAGGUCUCAUUGGCUUUUACACCUCUUGGAAAGACCAGGACAUCAAUGUGGCCAGAACAGCCAAAACACUCGAGUUUCUUUUGAGCACUUUCCAAUCUCUUGAUACCACACUCCGAGCUCGCCAAUUCCGACCCGAUGAACAUGACCUGCUCCAGAAAGUUGAAGGAGCCAUUCUAGAGUGUGAGGAGAUUAUCAAAGAGCUUCAAGGCGAGUUUAAAAAGUUCGACAAAAUUUCAGCUAGCGAUGCCAAGGGGAAAGUGAAGGUCUCGGCGCGCCGUAUCACCUAUCCCCUAAGGCGAGGUACACUUAUGAAUCUCGAAGACAACGUUACUGAGAUACGUGAAAACAUGUCAUUUGCACUAGAUCUGCUACAGCUCAAAGACCACAAGGCAAUUCAGGAAGAAUUCUCUGGACUAAAAUCGCUUUUUGAAUGUGUGAAUGCAACUCAGAUCUCUUCGGCAAUCCGUGAUUGGCUUAUGGCCCCAGAUGCUACCAUCAAUCAUAAUGCUGCAUGCAGGAAGCGUCACACAAGGACAGGAUUAUGGUUCAUCAAUGGUCAACAGUUCACUAGCUGGUUGACAGAAUCCAAUUCAUUCCUUUGGAUCAACGGUUUUGCCGGAUGUGGCAAGUCUAUUCUAUGUUCAACUGCUAUUCAAAACACAUUUCGCACGAAGCAGACCGAGCAAGGUGUAGGCAUUGCCUUUUUUUACUUUGAUUUCAAUGACACAUCAAAACAGAAUGACUCUGGAAUGCUACGUGCGUUGCUGCUACAACUAUCUGGGCAACUGAAAAAUGGCGAAAAGGACCUUCAACAGCUAUAUACGUCGUAUAACCCCGGUGCUCCUCCAGUGGAAGCACUAAUCGCCUACCUUCGACGUACAAUACAGCGGUUCCACAACACCUAUAUUCUACUAGAUGCAUUGGAUGAGAGCCCCCGAUAUCAUCAAAGAGAGAAUGUUCUAACUACGUUGGAAGUAAUGCGCAAGUGGUGCUUGCCUGGCGUCCACCUUUUGGUUACUAGUCGUGAUGAAUUUGAUAUCCGAGGAUCUCUGAGCCCUAAACGCGAUCAAGACAUCAUUAUGAGAAGUACGGAAAUCGACAGAGAUAUUUCUAGCUUUGUCAUGUAUCGACUAAAUAGCGAUUCAAAUUUCCAGUGGUCGAAAGCGCAUCAUAGCAAGAUCCAAGGUUUGCUAACGGAACGUGCGAAAGGAGUAUUUCGUUAUGUUGAAUGUCAACUCAAUUCGCUUAAACGGGCCCGGAAUGGAGUCCAUCUUGACAAAUGCCUGAACUCGUUGCCCUGUGACUUGGCUGAAACAUACGAACGACUUUUGUGUGGAAUUGAUGAAAUCCAUAUUCACGAUGUGCGGCGAAUUUUAACUAUACUCUGCUUCUCGAACCGACCUCUGACCAUAGCUGAAUUGAUCCAUGCACAUGCAGUUGAAAUUGAUGACCCACCACUUUCAAACUGGGAAGACCGAUUGUUACAGAUGGAUGACAUCCGUGAUAUUUCCCUUGGACUGAUUGAAAUUGCACGCAAUAAAGAUGAAAGGGGACAAGAGACCCUGACUGUUCAUAUUGCCCAUUUCUCCGUACAAGAAUACCUCUUGUCAGACCGCAUUGAGCGACAAAAAGCAGCAGUAUUUGCAUUGAAAAGUGGCCCUGCACACACCGAGAUUGCUCAAAUAUGUCUCGCGUAUCUAUUACAGCCUCGUUUUUCCAGUGGUGAGGUGAACGAGGAAACGAUUUUGGAGUUCCCGUUAACCCAUUUCGCUGCUCAAAACUGGUACCAUCAUUACACAAACUCCCAGGAUGGAAAGUGUGAUGUUGAGAAUCUGGUGCUGAAGCUAUUCAGGAACCACAGAGGUUGCUUUAGCACUUGGAUAAGGCUGCAUGAUGUUGAGCGUCCAUGGCUAAAACUUCCAGAGUUUCAGCGUCCCAUAGAUGACAUCCCAUCACCUUUGCACUAUGCAUCCUUGUUAGGAUUUGCUCGAAUCUCAAAUGAGAUGAUAGAUAUUGGGUUCGAUGUGAACGGCCAAGGCGGAAGACAUGCCAAUACACUGCAGGCUGCAUCAUCUGGGGGCCAUACACAGGUUGUGCAGAUAUUGCUAGAACGGGGUGCUGAUGUGAAUGCUCAAGGUGGAUACUAUGGCAAUGCCCUCCAGGCCUCUUCUUACGGAGGCUAUGAAAAUGUGGUGCAGAUUCUACUAGCACAUGGUGCUAAUGUGAAUGCCCAGGGUGGAUCAUUCGGCAAUGCCCUCCAGGCCUCUUCUUAUGGAGGCUAUGAAACUGUGGUGCAGAUUCUACUAGUACAUGGUGCUAAUGUGAAUGCCCAGGGUGGAUUAUUUGGAAAUGCGCUCCAGGCCUCAUCCUACGGAGGCUAUGAAACUAUCGUGCGGAUUCUACUAGCACAUGGUGCUGAUGUCAAUAUUGAAACCCAAGGUAGACAUUUUUACAAUGCACUCCAGGCUGCAUCAUAUAGAGGCCAUGAAAGGGUGGUGCAGAUACUGCUAGAGCAGGGUGCAGAUAUACAUGCCCAAGGCGGGGACUAUGGUAGUGCAAUCCAGGCUACAUCAUACGGAGGCCACGAAAAGGUGGUGCAGAUACUGCUAGAGCAAGGUGCUGAUAUACAUGCCCAAGGCGGAGACUAUGGCAGUGCACUCCAAGCUGCAUCAUAUGGAGGCCACGAAAGAGUGGUCCAGAUACUGCUAGAGCAAGGCGCAGAUAUACAUGCCCAAGGCGGAGACUAUGGCAGUGCACUCCAAGCUGCAUCAUACGGAGGCCACGAAAGAGUGGUCCGGAUACUGCUGGAGCAGGGUAUUGAUAUUCAUGCCCAAGGCGGUGUCUAUGGUAAUGCACUCCAGGCUGCAUCAUACAGAGGCCAUGAAAGGGUGGUCCAGACACUACUUGGGCAAGGUGUUGAUGUGAAUACCCAAGGCGGCCACUUUGGUAACGCACUCCAGGCUGCAUCAUACGGAGGCCAUGAAAGGGUGGUCCAGAUACUGCUAGGGCAAGGUGUUGAUGUGAAUGCCCAAGGCGGCCACUUUGGUAGUGCACUCCAGGGUGCGUCGCAUGGAGGCCAUGAAAAGGUUAUUCUAAUGCUACUAGAAUGGGUUGCUGAUAUCAAUGCUGAACAUGGGACAUUUAACAACGCACUCCAGGCUGCAUCAGCUGAAGGCCAUGAAAGGGUGGUGCAGAUACUACUAGCACAAGGUGCCGAUGUCAAUACCCAGGGUGGACACUAUGGCAAUGCGCUCCAGGCCACAUCAUACAGAGGUCAUGACAAGGUGGCGCAGAUACUGCUAGCACAAGGUGCUAAUGUCAAUGCUCAGGGCGGAGAAUAUGGUAGUGCACUUAAGGCUGCAUCAUAUAGAGGCCAUAAGAAGGUAAUGCAGAUAUUGCUAGAAUGGGGAGCUGAUGUAAAUACUUAA